GAGUGAGUCUCGGUCCCACUGACGAUCUUUGAUAUAUGGACGCUCCGCCGUUCUUCGCUGCCGUUUUCUGGCUCAGAGUCUGUAGAACCGUUCAAAUAAGAAGCGUAAAAGUCCGGUAGAUGUAAUUCGAGCUGCCCGCUGGCUGUUUUAAGCUCGUGGAGGUUUUAGUGACGGAGCAGCAUCGCCGGCAUUAAAGUGACAGGUCGCUCGCGGGAGUUCGAUGUCUUCCUCCGCCGUGAAGAAGAAGCAGGUCCGCUUCGCCCGAAUGGAGGACGACGACGACGAUAACGACAACGACGAGCUGGAGGAGGACACUCUGUUCGACAAGAGGAGGGACACCGGCCGAGGCCCGAAGAGUGCGCUGAGAGCGGCCAAGAGGACGCCGAAGACCGGCUGCGACAGCCGGGUGGACGUGCUCGGCGGAGGCGGGGGAGGAGGCUUCGGCCGCUGGAUGGUCACCGUCUCCCUGUGCGCAGCCUUCCUGGGCCUGGGGAUGAGUAUUUCUGUUCUGGGCCCAACGUUCGAGGACCUGGCUAACAAUGUGAAGAAAGACAUCAGCAACAUCUCCUACAUCUUUGUUGGUCGCUCAGGGGGGUACAUCGGCGGUUCCCUCAUUGGAGGGCUUCUCACCGACGUCAUGAACCCUCAUCUUCUGCUUGGUCUUUCUCUGAUGGUCACAGCAUUUGGAAUGUGUGCAGUCCCGUUCUGUGAGAACAGCGUUCUCCUCACUGUGCUCAUGUCCAGCAUCGGGAUGUCCAUGGGCGUUCUGGAUACAGGUGGGAACGUGGUGGUCCUGAACACGUGGGGCGAGCAGUCUGGACCGCACAUGCAGGCGCUGCACUUCAGUUUUGCAGCGGGCGCCUUUUUCAGUCCGAUUAUCGCCAAGCUGCUGUUUGCGUCCGAUUUUAACGCCACAAACAUCACAUCAUCUGUCAUGAAGCCACACGCCCCCCAAACCGGUGACUCCCACACACUCGUCCGCUACAUCCACAGCAGAACGGGCUCGCUGAAGUCCAUGUGGGCCUACAUUGUGAUUGGCAGCUUCCUCUUCCUCACUGCCUUCAUCUUCUUCAUCCUCUACAUGCGCAUCAGCGGCUCACGUGACAAAUCCCGCGCAUCAUCGGGGAAACCCCUCGUGGUCAAGUAUCACGCGCUGCUUGUUGUCCUUCAGUUCUUCUUCUACUUCGCCUACGUGGGUGCCGAGGUGGCCUACGGCUCCUUCAUCUUCACCUAUGCCAAAGACUACGCCCACAUGAAAGAGCACCAGGCAGCCGGCCUAAACUCGUUCUUCUGGGCAGUGUUUGCGGCGUUCCGGGGUUUGGCGAUAUUCUGUGCCACCUGCAUGUACCCGGGCACCAUGAUCGUCCUGAGUCUGAUCGGUUCUGUCGUGUCCUCGCUGGUGCUCUGCCUCUUCAGCUGGCACACGGUGGCGCUGUGGCUUGGCACCGGCCUCUACGGCGCCUCCAUGGCCACCACGUUCCCUAGUGGCAUCUCGUGGGUGGAGCAGUAUGCCACGGUGACGGGCCGCAUGGCUGCCAUUUUUGUUGUGGGUGCGGCAUUGGGGGAGAUGGUGCUGCCUGCAGUUCUCACCGUCCUUCACGGGAAGGUUCACAAUCACCCCGUGCUGAUGUACAUGUCCCUGGGCACUGCCAUUUUCACUGCGGUCCUUUUCCCGCUCAUGUACAAGUUGACCACACCUCCUGGGGAGCAGGGAAGGAAACCUCGUUCUAGGGGGCGAGCGGAUCCUGACGCUGAAGACCGCCAGGCGUUACUGGACUCAGCAGCCAAUGAAGAGGAGGAGGAGGCAGAUCGGUGGAACGAUGCAGACUUUGAGGUCAUCGAGAUGGACGACGCAGCGAGUGUAAUCAAUUCGCCCAAGAAGCCGAGGUCUCCGCCUGAUGUCAAGGCUCCCCCAGGAAGUCCUGCCGUCACCUCGCACAGACAGACGGACUCGCCCCAACGCACACUGCUGCUGCCUGUCAACAGGGAGAAAAGAGACUGAAGGAGCGCUGGCGCCCCCUAGCGUCACAUCUGUGCAGCUUUUUAUUUUCUGUGGCACAGACAAUAUGAUCUGGACACAUCACAUCCCAGUGGGUUAAAGGUCAACAGGAGGACAGGUUAAGAAUUCAGUGCCUUGCUCAUGGAGGCUGGUGGACUUGAUCCAGUUUGUCUUCUUUUCUGCCAAAAUGACUUUUUAAAGGUUUGUCCUGUAAAAGAAAGCAUGUUUUGAAUUGGGGGUUAUUGUUUGUUUUUUUGGGAGGUGAAUGGGGGCGGGGGCGUGUCCUGCACUUGUCAAUCAUCUGUCAUCACUGUGAUUUCUUUUUGGAUUUAAAACAAUUACUGAAGGAAACAUUAAUUCAUUGACUUUUUUAUUAUAAUCAAUCUCAAACCUCCACCCACAGAAAUAUCCAUUAAAAACAAAACACCUUCAUUUCUUACAUUUUUACAAACGCGCACUUCCUGCGCGCAGCUGGACGGGAACUGGUCCGGGUCUCUGUGGCGUCUGAUGGGUCUUUGCAAAGAAAACAUUCACACGGUGUAAUAACUCUGACAUAAAUUAUCAAAACACAGUAUUGCAACAGUCCCAGAUU